AUGCAGAACCCGCAGCAGAAGAGCGGUGACAUAACGUACACGAAGCAGCCCUACGUUGAAGAUGCGGGCCCUCGUAGAAUCAAAAGCAUGCAAUUUUCGGUUAUGUCAGAAUCUGAUGUCUUAAAGGCGGCUGAAUGUCAAGUGCAUCUUGGAAGUUACUAUGAUAUCAAUACAAAGCCCAUUGCAGGUGGCUUGUUGGAUCCCAGAAUGGGCCCUGCGAAGAAAUUCGGAAUGGCCUGUGAAACAUGUGGUGGUAACUUCAAUGAUUGCCCUGGGCACUUUGGGUAUUCAUCUCUUACGCUGCCAGUUUUUAAUGUUGGGUACCUGAGUACUAUUAUGGACGUUUUGAAGUGCAUCUGUAAGAAUUGUUCCCGUAUACUUCUUGAUGAGAAGUCAGUAGAGAAGCAUUUAAGGCAGAUGACAAAUCCCAAGUUGGAUCCCCUGAAGAAGACUGCUAUAAUGAAGUCUAUCGUGAAGAAAUGCAGUACCAUGGCCAGUGGAAAAUCUAUAGAGUGCCGCUACUGUGGUUACAAGAAUGGGAUGGUGAAAAAGGAUAGAGGUUAUCUAGUUCAUGAGCAUUCAAAGUCAGACGAUAGCUUCCCCAAGGAAUGUCGAUCUGCUGUUUCACACACCAAGGAUGUCAAGAGUAACAUUAAUCGUGCAACUUAUUAUCUUAACCCUGUCAAAGUGCACUCUAUAUUUGAAGGAAUGUCGAAUAAGGAUUGUGAAUUACUUUAUCUUUAUGAUAGACCUGAAAAGCUCAUCAUUACAAAGAUUCCUGUUCCACCUAUUGCUAUCCGACCAUCAGUUGUUGUGGAAGGAUCACUGAGCAAUGAAAAUGACGUCACAGAGAGACUGAAACAAAUUCUCAUUUCGAAUGCAGCACUUCGCCAUGAGAUAAUGGAAGGCAAAAAGCCAUUCGACAAGCAUCUGGAUAAUUGGGAUCACCUUCAAGCUAUGGUUUCACUUUAUGUAAAUAGUGACACUCGCAUCCCAAGUAAUUUGGAAGUUGGCAAGCCCAUGAGUGGACUUAUUCAGCGUCUCAAAGGAAAAACGGGGAGAUUUCGUGGCAACUUAUCUGGAAAGCGUUCUGAAUAUACUGGCAGAACUGUUAUAUCUCCGGACCCUAAUCUGAAAAUAACAGAGGUAGCAAUUCCAAUCCAUAUGGCACGAAUUUUAACUUUUCCGGAGCGUGUUUCCCAACACAGUAUUGAGAAGUUGAAGCAGUGUGUCAGUAAUGGCCCACUCAAAUACCCUGGUGCAAAGAUGGUCACAUAUCCUGAUGGUUCAUCAAAGAUGUUGCAAGGAAACUUCCGAAAACGCGUUGCUGAGGAGCUGAAAUUUGGUUGUGUUGUACAUCGCCAUUUGGAAGAUGGCGACGUUGUUCUUUUUAACAGACAGCCAAGCUUGCAUCGGAUGUCUAUCAUGUCUCAUAGGGCCAGAAUUAUGCCCUGGAGGACAUUGAGAUUUAACGAAUCUGUUUGCAAUCCAUAUAAUGCUGAUUUUGACGGUGACGAGAUGAAUAUGCAUGUCCCACAAACAGAAGAGGCUCGUACAGAGGCUUUGACUCUGAUGGGGGUGCAAAAUAAUUUGUGCACACCAAAAAAUGGAGAGAUUUUGGUUGCUUCCACACAAGAUUUUUUGACGACUUCAUUUCUCAUAACAAGGAGGGAUACGUUCUAUGACCGUUCAGCAUUCUCACUUAUGUGCUCCUAUAUGGAUGAUGCCAUGGAAUCUGUGGAUUUGCCUACACCUGCGAUAUUGAAGCCAAUAGAGCUCUGGACUGGAAAGCAACUGUUCAAUGUCCUGUUGCGCCCCAAUGCAAAUGUCAGAGUAUACGUGAACCUGACGGUCAAGGAGAAAAACUACUCGAAACCUCAGAAAGGAGAUAAACGAGAAAAGGAAACAAUGUGCCCUAAUGAUGGAUUUGUUUACUUCCGGAACAGUGAGUUAAUAUCUGGACAACUGGGGAAGGCUACCCUAGGAAAUGGUAACAAGGACGGGCUUUACUCUGUCCUUCUUAGAGAUUACAAUACAUUUGGUGCUGCUGUUUGUAUGAAUCGACUUGCAAAAUUGAGUGCUCGGUGGAUUGGAAAUCAUGGCUUCUCCAUUGGAAUUGAUGAUGUUCAACCGGGAAAAAGGUUGAGCGACGAGAAGGGAAGAACAAUUUCAAAUGGGUAUCAACAUUGCAAUAAAAUAAUAGAGGAGUACAAUCAAGGAAAGCUUGCACUCAAACCUGGUUGUGAUGCAACUCAGACCUUGGAAGCCGAAAUAACUGAGAGAUUAAAUAAACUUCGAGAAGAAGCUGGCGAUGUGUGCAUGAAAGAACUGCACUGGCGAAACAGUCCAUUGAUCAUGUCACAGUGUGGAUCCAAAGGUUCGCCUAUCAAUAUCAGUCAGAUGAUUGCAUGUGUUGGACAACAGUCAGUUGGUGGCCGCCGUGCACCAGAUGGAUUCAUAAGUCGAAGUCUUCCUCACUUCCCUCGAAUGUCUAAGACCCCUGCUGCUAAAGGAUUUGUGGCUAAUUCAUUCUACAGUGGAUUGUCUGCGACUGAGUUUUUCUUUCAUACGAUGGCUGGUAGAGAAGGUCUAGUGGAUACAGCGGUGAAAACUGCUGACACAGGAUACAUGUCUCGUAGGCUGAUGAAAGGCCUUGAAGAUUUAUCCGUUCAAUAUGAUAACACUGUUCGAAGUGCAAAUGGUGGCAUUGUGCAAUUCCUUUAUGGGGAUGAUGGUUUAGAUCCCGUGAAAAUGGAGGCUAAAGGAGGAUUCCCAUUAAAUUUUGAUCGAUUGCUCAUGAAAGUCAAGGCCACGUGUCCCAUGGAAGGAGAUGACUACUUAUCUCCUUCAGAUAUGUUUGAGACCAUUGAAGGUAUACUGCAAGAUGAUCAGACUCUUGACAAUGCUUCUUCAGAUGCCUUCCGAAAAAGUCUCAGUGAUUUCCUGUCCAAGCACGCUGAGAGAUUAGAGAGCAUGUUAAGGAAGGUGAAUGGCCAUGAGGGAGGAAUAUCUGAUGGUAUGGAAGAUGCUGAAUCUGCACAAGUAAAUAUCAGUCCUAGCUGCAAGGUUGUCUAUAAAAUAUAUGGUUUUACCAAACAGCAGUUGAAGGUUUUUCUGAGAGUCUGCAUUGAUCGUUACCUUUGGAAGAAGGUUGAACCUGGAACUGCAAUCGGAGCAAUUGGAGCUCAAAGUAUUGGAGAACCUGGGACACAGAUGACACUGAAAACUUUCCACUUUGCUGGAGUUGCAAGCAUGAAUAUCACACAGGGAGUUCCUCGUAUUAAGGAAAUAAUAAAUGCAGCUAAAAAGAUCAGCACUCCCAUCAUAACUGCUGAGCUUGAGAAUAAUACAAAUGUAAAUGCUGCUCGAAUUCUAAGAGGGCGUGCCCAGAGAACGGUUUUAGGCCAGGUUGCAAAAAGUAUCCAAAUUGUGAUGACUUCAAGAUCAGCUUUAGUUAGGGUUACACUUGACAUGGAAACCAUUCAGGAGGCUCAACUGGCUCUGGAUGCUUACAUCGUACGGCAAGCAAUUUUACGGAUUCCAAGAUCUAAGAUAAAAGAGGAGCAUGUGAAAGCUUCGGAUGGGAGAAAGUUAGAAAUAUCUACGCAGGGUGGCAGAAAUAAACUUCAUUUUGAACUCCAUCAUCUCAAGAAUAUGCUCCCAAAUGUGGUAGUGAAGGGCAUUCAAACAGUUGAACGGGCUAUUAUUGCCCAGAAAAAGCGCGAGGGAAGUGGCAAAGAUCAAGAGAUCCCAAAGUACAACAUGUUGAUAGAAGGAACGGGACUUUUAGAGGUGAUGGGGAUCGAUGGGAUCGAUGGGUGCAAUACGACGAGUAAUCAUGUUAUGGAAGUUCAGCAAGUGCUAGGAAUUGAAGCGGCAAGAAGGUGCAUAAUUGAACAGAUAAAAGACACCAUGGAAAGCCACGGGAUGAGCAUAGACAUGCGCCAUAUGAUGCUCUUGGGAGAUAUAAUGACAUUUAAGGGUGAAGUACUUGGGAUCACAAGAUAUGGUAUCCAGAAAAUGGACAAGAGUGUGCUGAUGCUUGCUUCCUUUGAAAGAACGGCAGACCACCUUUUCAAUGCAUGCGUGAAUGGGAGAGAAGACAUGAUAGAGGGGGUUAGUGAAUGCGUCAUAAUGGGGAUCCCUGUUCCCUUGGGUACUGGGAUACUCAAAGUUCGCCAAAGGGCCAAUGAUGUUGCACCAGCCAUGUUGCCGUAUGGACUGGAUCCUAUAUUGGCGUAG